AUGGCCAGUUCUUACGAGACAUCAUGGGCCGAUCAAUGGGACCCCAAGCCAAUGUACGGUCAACCGGUUGACCGUAAAAGUUCGAAUCAUGAAAACUCGACUUUCAAAUUUUCCGAAAAGCUCGACAAGACGAAAGCAAUUGCCUCCUCAAGUGCUCGGAAGGUCAAGUCGGGGGCCACGACGAGUAUUCAGUGGCUCAAGCACAAGUACCAGAAGACGAUAAACAAGCACUAG